AUGGCGUGCAUCCACCAUCAGAUUAACUGGAUCUGGAUCAACUCGAUGCUCUGUGAGGUGGUUUGCAGACAGUUAAACUGUGGGUCGGCACUGGAAGUUCCUCAAUCAGCUCACUUUGGUGCAGUAACUGGACAGAUCUGGCUUGACAAUGUGACCUGUUCAGGAAAUGAAAGUUCUCUAACUGAGUGUCAGCACAGUGGAUUUGGAUCAAACAGAUGUGAACAUGGUCAAGAUGCUGCUGUCAUCUGUUCAGCUGUGUCCGUCAUUUUAACUGGAUCUGGAUCGACUCGAUGUUCUGGCAGGGUUGAAGUUUAUCACAAUAACAGCUGGGGAACAGUCUGUGAUGAUGGCUGGAACUUAAAUGAUGCUGAGGUGGUUUGCAGGCAGUUAAACUGUGGGUCGGCACUGGAAGUUCCUCAAUCAGCUCACUUUGGUGCAGGAACUGGACAGAUCUGGCUUGACAAUGUGACCUGUUCAGGAAAUGAAAGUUCUCUAACUGAGUGUCAACACAGUGGAUUUGGAUCAAACAGAUGUGAACAUGGUCAGGAUGCUGCUGUCAUCUGUUCAGUCUUUUUUGAUGUAAGGAUUUAUUAUAAUAUUUUUCAUGUUUUGUCCCUUUUAGAUCUGAUUAGAUUAGCUGGUUCUGGAUCAUCUCGAUGCUCUGGCAGAGUUGAAGUUUAUCAUGAUAAUGUCUGGGGAACAGUUUCUGAUAAUAACUGGGUCUUAAACGAUGCUGAGGUGGUUUGCAGACAGUUAAACUGUGGGUCUGCACUAGAAGCUACUCCAUCAUAUAAAUUUGGUGCAGGAACUGGACAGAUCUGA